AUGACCGUCCUACUCGACAGACUGUUGGGAAAAUUCUCACCUCCUCUCGAGCCCGCCUUGGUCAUCGCACUCCACUCAGACUUCGAUCUCCAGUCGGACUCGGAUCAGCAGGACGUCGAGGCAGAACUAGACCGAAUACUCUCCCAACUCAUAACCGAACAAGAACACCAGACCCAACACAACCUAGAACAACAACAACAACAACAACGACAACAACAACAGCCGCAGCAAAAAACACCACGGCAGAAACAGGAUGAUAACUCACUCAACAGCCUGGUCGACAGGGUGCAGGCCAUCCUGCCUGACGUACCAGAGACCACGAUCUACCAGGCCAUCUCAGACGCACCCAAUCCGAAGAACUUGGAGCAGAUAAUCGACAUCCUACUCUCACUAGCCUCACUCCCAGAAACAGCUUCUAGUACCCCAAGAUCGGCGGCAAAGUCGAAGAAAAAGAGGAACAAGAAACUAGACACCAUCCAUCUCAACGACGUCCUGCAGAGAGAGACGCAGAAGAGACUGAUCGAGCAGGCUGGGCAGCAUCGCGAGAAGAUCGCGAUCAACAACGACUGGGCCAUCGGGGACAGCCAGAUCAGCUAUCUCGCCGAGCUGGUGGGGAUCGAGGUGGCCAAGAUCAACAGCAUCUACCACCGCAAGAGCUGCAACAUCGUCCUGACACUAGACGAGCUCCUGAACCAGUCCGAGUCCCAGAAACGGCUCGACGGCUCCAAGGAUCUCGAAUGGCCCGCGCGCUUGCAGCUCCAGCUCGACUUCCUCAGAACCACCCUGCUCUCCGAAGACGAUCAGGUGCUCACCCGCUUGCUCAUCGUCACCGAUCUCAACCCCACCAACGCCCUCGACCUCUGGAUAUUCCUCGACGACCUACACGCCCGCUACGGCAACCUGCCCUUCAACCAAUUCAUCUCCAACCCCACCAUCCAGACUACCACCUUCUCCUCCUCAACAACCAAUCUUCAACCCCCUCACAACCAAAGUAUAUCAUCAUCAGCAUCAGCAUCGGCGGGACCAUUCACGAAGAUUGCGCGGCCCAACCGGCCCCAACCCUCAACGGAGGAUCUCGAGCACAGCCUGAAGGUCCUAUGCGCCCGGCGCGAAUAUAUGCAGCAACGCGCGCGCUCGUCCCGGCAACUGAUCGCCAACAGCAGCGUCGUCUCGCGCAACAAGCAGGCCAUCCAGAACACCAUCGCUUUUAUCGCUGCCGAGGAUGCACGCAAACUCACCAGCGUCAUCCACGAUUGGGACCUCCAGCUCGCUCGCAGAACCGUCAAGGGCCGCCAACAACUCAAGAACGACUCGCUCUCCAUCGAUCUCCACGGGCUCACUAAGAACCAGGCUCUCACUAUCACCGCAGAACAUCUCCAGACUUGGUGGACUAACCACUCGCAUUCUGUGAACGUGUUUAAUUCGACGUUCGUCCGUCAUUUCAAGAUCAUCACUGGCGCGGGGACCCAUUCGGUGAACAACAAGCCGACGCUCCUGCCGACGAUCCAGAAGUUCUUGGACCAAGAGAAGUGGAAGUGGAAGUACGACGAUGAGAGGUCCAAUGAGCUCAUCGGCUCCGUGCUCGUCGUCGGAAAAUCUCGCACCUGA